GCUCGCAGGAAAACUGUUUGGGAUACUUCACUUCUUCAGCGAGUUUUUCGGGGAUUUCUCUCUGAUUUUGUCACCUGAAAAAACUUUAUACAUGAUAUAAGGAGGGGGGGACUUGUUUUGUACCGUGUAGUCGACUGUUUUAGUGUUUUUUUGGUGUUUGUGAAGGAUGGCGUUGGACGGGAUCCGGAUGCCCGAUGGCUGCUACGCCGAUGGGACGUGGGAACUGAAGAUGCAUGUUACCGACCUCCACAGGGAUGUGUCGCUGAGGGUCACUGGGGAAAUCCAUAUAGGCGGAGUCAUGCUCAAACUCGUGGAGAAACUAGAUGUGAAGAAGGACUGGUCAGACCACGCUCUGUGGUGGGAGAAAAAGAAGACAUGGCUGUUGAAAACCCACUGGACACUGGACAAGUACGGUAUCCAAGCAGACGCCAGGCUGCUCUUCACGCCGCAGCACAAGCUCCUGCGCCUCCAGCUGCCCAAUAUGAAGCACAUGAAGGUCAAGGUCAACUUCUCCGACCGCGUCUUUAAGGCGGUCUCCGACAUCUGCAAAACUUUCAAUAUCCGCCACCCAGAGGAGUUAUCUCUGCUGCGUAAGCCACGUGAUCCCAAGAAGAAGAAGAAAAAGUUGGAGGAAGCAGAGGAGGAUGAUCUGGAGCUGGAGGGUCCGUUAUUAACCCCUGGAUCAGGGAGCAUCUACUCCAGUCCAGGAUUAUACAGUAAGACUAUGACCCCCACCUAUGACUCCAGGGAUGGCAGCCCGCUGUCACCCACCUCUGCCUGGUUUGGGGACAGCCCUCUGUCUGAGGGCAAUCCCAGCAUCCUCGCUGUCAGCCAGCCAAUCUCCUCACCAGACAUCCUGGUCAAACUCUACAAGCCCCAGUCCCUGCUGGACAAAGCCAAAAUCAACCAGGGGUGGUUGGACUCGUCCAGGUCUCUGAUGGAGCAGGAUGUAAAGGAGAAUGAGGUGCUGCUGCUGAGGUUUAAAUACCACAGUUUCUUUGACCUCAACCCUAAGUAUGAUGCCAUCCGAGUGAACCAGCUCUAUGAACAGUCCAAGUGGGCCAUCCUGCUGGAGGAAAUUGAGUGCACGGAGGAGGAAAUGAUGAUGUUUGCUGCCCUGCAGUACCACAUCAACAAACUGUCAAUCAUGUCUUCAGACAACCACAUGAAUAACAGUGAGAAGGAGGUGGAUGAGGUGGAUGCAGCCCUAUCAGACCUGGAGAUUACUUUGGAGGGAGGGAAGACAUCCAAGACACUGGGUGACAUCACAUCUAUUCCUGAGCUAGCAGAUUAUGUCAAAGUCUUCAAACCCAAGAAACUGACGCUGAAGGGCUAUAAGCAGUACUGGUGCACAUUCAAAGAUAUCACAAUUUCCUGUUACAAGAGUAAAGAGGAGUCACAUGGGACACCUGCUCACCAAAUGAAUCUCAGAGGCUGUGAGGUAACUCCAGAUGUUAACAUCUCUGGUCAGAAAUUCAACAUCAAGUUGCUAAUCCCUGUGGCCGACGGGAUGAAUGAGAUCUGGCUUCGAUGUGACACGGAGAAACAGUACGCUCACUGGAUGGCUGCAUGCCGCUUGGCCUCUAAAGGGAAGACCAUGGCUGACAGUUCGUACAACUUGGAGGUCCAGAACAUUCUGUCCUUCCUCAAGAUGCAGCACAUGAACCCCGACCCUCAGUUCAUUGAACCCAUCACCACCGAUAUCAACCCAGAAUGCCUGGUGUCCCCACGCUAUUUGAAGAAGUACAAGAACAAGCAGCCAGGCUAUAUCAGGGAUUUGAUUUCAGCCCGGAUCCUUGAAGCCCACCAGAACGUGGCCCAGAUGAGUCUCAUUGAGGCCAAGAUGCGCUUCAUCCAGGCGUGGCAGUCCCUGCCGGAGUUUGGAAUCACUCAUUUCCUCGCCAAGUUCCAGGGAGUAAAGCGAGAGGAGCUGAUUGGUAUCACUUACAACCGUUUGAUCCGGAUGGACCCCAAUGCUGGAGAUGCUAUCAAAACCUGGCGUUUCAGCAAUAUGAAGCAGUGGAAUGUCAACUGGGAGAUCAAGAUGGUGACCGUGGAAUUUGCAGAUGAACCCAGUCUGUCGUUCGUCUGCGCCGAGGUCGACUGUAAAGUGGUCCACGAAUUCAUCGGUGGCUACAUCUUCCUGUCCACGCGUGCCAAGGACCAGAACGAGUCUCUAGACGAGGAGAUGUUCUAUAAGCUGACCAGCGGCUGGGUGUGAGCUGCCUCAAACCAGCAGGGGUCAGUGAUUGCAGGCCAGGGGCCAGGAGGGGAGUGUCAGGGAGGUGCAGUGGGAGGGGGGGAUGGGUGGAACCACAUUGUAUGUAUGGGUUUAUUUUAUUGUACUAUUUCUCAGUCUUUUUUAAUUGUUUGGAGCUGUGCUGAAGAAUCCAGAGCAGCACCACUGUUGCCAUGGUUGACACAGUUUUUUUUAUUGUUUGGGGUUUUUUGCAUUAACGCUGACAAAGGUAAUUUGUUAAAAUACUAAUAUUCUGGUGAAUGCAGUCCAGAAGAACUUUGAACCUAAACUCCUGUGGUUGAGCAGAAGCCUUACACAAACUUGAACCAGGAAGCUUGCCUGUUUUUUUUUCUCCUGCAAACCGCCUGCCUCCUCUCCUCCUGGACUGAUGGCCAUCAACUUAACGUCCAUGACAACCCUUUAAAACACCAGAUUUAAUCCCAAAGAUCUUUUUUCCCCCCCUCUAUUCCUCUCUAUCACUGUCUUCUUCUCUCUUCUAGUACUGGACUAAAAGAGCUGGCAUUAAAUUGUCAGCUAAAACAUUUUGUGAUUAUAGUGCCACAGAUACCUACAGUUUUAUCAAAUUAUUUAUCUGAAAAGGUGGACAUCAUCAGAGUCCAGUCAAAAAGGGUAUCUUGUAUAAACAAUUGUGGUGGCUGAUUGCAGCACUGUGUGUCCAUCCUAUCCACUCUAAUGAAGGGUUUAAUCUUUUUGAAGUCACAUGUAAGCACUUCGACAGUAUACAGUCCUGUUUAUGAAAUAAGCUGUUGUUAAAUUUGCUUUUGUUGUCUGUCUUUGUUUGCUGUGUUCCAUCAGAGCUUGUCCACAGUAGUUGUUACUCGAGUCUCCUCAUGUCCUAGUCUGUCCAUUGAAUUGCCUCUUCUCUUUUGAAAAUUGCAUUAGCUGACAGGUCGAACAUUGAGAAGUCUAAGUUUUGUUUUGAUGGAAGAAAAUGGUGAGCUUGAGCUAAGGAAACGCACUACAGUUCAGUGCUCUGGGAUGAGUGUCCUGUGAGUUUGAAAAAUCUGAUUUCCAACUGACCUAAAUGUCUUUGCUGCAAAAAUGUCCAUCCCACCAAAAAUGUAGUGUAGUAUUCAGUCUGUCUAGUGUUCCUGAAAACAAGAUUUCUUUCUUUUAAAAAGCUUUUGGUUGUGGGUACGUUGAACUAAGAUACUUACUAAUGUCACAAUGUAUCAUAAAGACAGGUUUUGGAGAAGGUUUGUGUGUAUUUAAGAUGUUUCGUCCCAUUGGCAGAUUUUUACGCUUGGUUUUAAAAAAAUAUAUAUUUAAAGACUUAACUAAAUGACUUUUCAAGAUGGACAUGUCCAUUUAUUGUUUCCAAAUUUAAGACAGUCCACUGCUAAAAGGAGGGAUUUUCAUCUUCUGAUCUGGAAAUGCAUUUAAAAAUCAUGUGCCAAAGUGCAUUAAUAUUCUCAAACACGCCUGUUGUAAGUUGCCAGAUCUCUACAGUAUAUUUGGAAUUGCAUCAAGGGAUUUGAACCCCUCACAUCUCUUUGCUUAGUGCAUGUACACUACAUAACAGGGGGAUACUAGUACUUUACUUUAUUGCCAUUCUGUUUCUCACACCAUAUAGUAUUAUUAUUGUUAUUAUUAUUAUUUUAUUAUUAUUAUUAUUAUUAUUGUUAUUAUUAUCAUCAUCAUCAUAAUUUUUAUCAUUACACACCAGCAAAAGGUCACAGAGUUUGAAGAAUGAAUAUGCAAACUUUUUUUCCCCCUCUGUCCUCAGUAUGAAGGAUCAGGAAAUGAAGUAUUAUUUUUUGUAACUAAUGUAAAAACACAGGUUUUAUAGAAUUGUACAGUUUUUUUUCUGCUUUUUGGGGGUUCGGAAGUUUUCUUUGUUCUUUUUGUUGUUGUUGUUUUUUCCUUUUUUCAGAAAAGAGGGGGGGAAGCCAUCUGUCAACAUGUGUAGUAUUCAGAAUUGUGCCUGCUUAUGUUGUCUUACUGAGUUUUCAGAUGAAGAUAAAUAUGAAUAUAUAUGAAGAUAACACUAGUCUCAAACUCCAGGUUUGAUUAAUAUGUUUGUCGAGUACAUAUUAUAAUUUUUUUUUUUUUCAAAAAAUACAGAUACAUAUGCCUUUUCAAUGUGCUGCUUUUUUCUUUCAUUUUAGCUUUGUUUCUUCUAUUCAGCCAUUUGUGGCUGAUUAUGUCCAUUUGAGGCCCGAGUCACAUUUUUAGCUCAUUCUUUGAACCGACAGUGAUACUCUAUAUGCGUUUUUGCUGCAAAUUGAAUUUCCUCAGCGCCUUUUUAAAAUACUUCACUUACUUCGUCUGGUUUUGUCACAACUGAAGUAUUUCAUUUAAUAAUGUCCAUAUGAAGGAAGCCCCCUCCCCUUUGCCCCCCAGAUUGUUUAAACUCUGGAGUUUGAGACAAAUCAGCAAAAAUGAACAGAGCUAAGAGAAAACCAAGCCUAGUCUAUGUUUUUUUUUCUCUGAUGUUUUUGUUUGCCUCCAGUGUCGAGAGCAGCAGUGCAUGUCCUGCUGCUCUGUUUUCUGACUGUAAAAAAUGCAUUUAUUUUAAAAAAUAAAAAGUAAUUUUUAUUUAAA